AUGUUAAAGACCAUCUUUCAGUGUUUGCUGCUGUCGCUCCUGUGUGUGCUGUGCUCAGCCGGGCCCGCGGGAGUGCGCGGUGUGCCCAUUCAUCUCUCCACUGAUGUGUGCCAGGGUUUGGGUCGUGCACUUCUGCAGGAAGCGACAGAUGUGCUUGAGAUGGAUCAGCUGUUCAGAGGAUUAAACUGCUCAGAGCAAAGCGCUGAAUUGAGACCUAGCAAGAAGACGCUGUCUGUGUGCACACCGCAAAGCUUGAUGUGCUCGGAGGGCACGCUUAACUUUACUUUUGAUCAGGAUGAAUGUCUGCAGAGUGUUGUGGAGGAUCUUCAAUAUUACCGGGCAACAUUUAAAUCUUACGGUGAUCCAGACAGAAUCCUAGAACAGUCGGUGAUCAAAAGCAUCGAAAAUCUCAUGCAGAGCUGCUUUUCUACCACAUUCCUUGAUGGUGAUCUGGUAAAGAUCUCUGUGGACCCAAAGAGCUCCUUCGAGAGACGUCUGAAGCUCUGUAAAGUCCUUAAAGGCUUUCAGAUCCGCACCAUUACCAUCAACCGCGUGCUGAACCACGUCAUCAGCAUUUCGCAGUCAUGA